CGGAUGAUCCACAAAUGGGGUUGAAUCAGUCGGAGGAGUGUUUCUUUCUUGUGGAUCCAGAGUUCCAUAAUGUUCAAUACCGCUAUUCCACCAACUUUGCAACGAGUAUCAUCAGCGGCAUAUUUUCUCCCGUUGCUGUCACCGCAAAUUUCGUCGUUCUUUAUGUAAUUUUCCGCGCUGCAUGGCUUCGAGAUCCUUCCAACCUACUCUUGGCCUGCUUGGCCGCCUGUGAUAUGCUGAUCGGUGUUAUUGUCCAGCCCAGCUAUGUCUCAUUCCGGCUGAGUGAAAACAGAGACCAUUUCGUGCCAUGCUUUGUAAGAAUAAUCUAUUCGACGUCAUUUUUUAUCUGUUACGGAGUGUCUUUUCUGACGCUUAAUUCAAUAAGCUGCGAACGCUACAUCGCCUUGACAAUUCAUCUUCGCUACAAAGCCAUCGUUACCAAACGUCGCCUACUACUAGUCGCCGCUGUAAUAUGGGUCUUAAACGCCUCACUGACUUGCCUUCAAUUUGCUGGCAUCAACGACAUCGUGAGAACAAUUCAUUUAACAAUCUGGUUUGUAUGCUUGUUCACUUCAGGUCUACUGCAGUUUAAAAUCGUCGGGAUCGUUCGUAAGCAUCACGAUCAAAUCCGACGACAAGAACACCAGUUUAACUUGAACGCGAAUAGUUACCGACGCCAGUUAAAACUUGCUACCAGUAUAGCUUAUAUCGUAGGGAUUUAUAUUUUUCUUAACCUUCCAGUUCUUGUAGUAACGACCUACCACCAAAUAGUGAGAGGAAAUUUGAGUACCCUGAAUUAUUACAGCUGGGCAGAGACGGUUGCUCUUUUGAAUUCGUCUCUAAAUCCUUUUAUUUGUUGCUGGCGGAGUCGAAAUAUAAGGAAGGCAAUUUUUAAACUCGUGGCAACAUGGAUAACAUGUAAAACUUCCAGCAAGGGAGGAGAUGAAGAUAUUGUCUAUAACGGUGUAAAAAAUUCAAGAAAGUAUGAAUUUGGUUGUCAUCUGAAUAUGAAGCCACUUCGACUUUAAGAGAUCAAAUGUGAAUUAGGAAGAUAAACUGCAAAAAAUUCAUAGCGACAUCUUGAAUUGUUUUUAUUCAUACAAAAAAGAAAAAAGUUCAAAAAGGAACCUCUAAAAUGGUAAAUAUUGCAAAGUGUUAACCGUUUAUGUACAAAGGACAUUCUUUUAAAACAAACAACUCUACUUGUUUAGAUUAAUAUGUUUACUUACACUGACCGGUGUAUUUGUUUAUGGAAUUGUAUUUAGGAAUAAAUUUUAUUUGAAUUUUA